GUUUGCUGAAGCUGCCGCUGAAGCCGCUGCCGCUCCUGCGGCCAAGUCUAAGCGUGCGGAGCCGCGAUGGGGUCUCUGUCCAAAGACUACGAGGGCGAAGAGUUUGGAUUUAGAAACAAAACCAGCAUUAGUAUCUCCUCUGCUACAGUAAAGGCUUCAGUUUGCUAAGAGACCAUGGCGAGCCCAGGAAAGGACAAUUAUCGAAUGAAGAGCUAUAAGAACAAUGCCCUAAACCCUGAAGAAAUGAGGCGAAGAAGAGAGGAAGAGGGCAUUCAGCUCCGAAAGCAGAAACGGGAGCAGCAACUUUUUAAAAGAAGAAAUGUAGAACUGAUUAAUGAAGAAACUGCCAUGUUUGAUAGUCUCCUCAUGGACUCCUACGUGAGCUCUACUACUGGGGAGAGUGUGAUCACACGAGAGAUGGUAGAGAUGCUCUUCUCUGACGAUUCCGACUUGCAGUUAGCAACCACACAGAAGUUUCGGAAGCUGCUCUCCAAAGAGCCUAGUCCUCCAAUAGAUGAAGUUAUCAACACUCCAGGAGUAGUGGACCGGUUUGUGGAAUUUCUGAAGAGGAAUGAGAAUUGUACAUUACAGUUUGAAGCUGCCUGGGCACUAACAAACAUCGCCUCUGGAACCUCUCAGCAGACAAGAAUUGUUAUUGAAGCAGGAGCUGUCCCGAUUUUUAUAGAGCUGCUUAACUCAGACUUUGAGGAUGUACAGGAACAGGCAGUCUGGGCUCUGGGAAACAUAGCUGGAGACAGUUCCGUUUGCCGAGAUUACGUCUUGAACUGCUCCAUCCUUAAUCCUUUGUUAACACUCCUUACCAAGUCCACAAGACUGACAAUGACACGAAACGCGGUUUGGGCCCUGUCAAACCUUUGCCGAGGGAAGAACCCACCCCCAGAGUUCGCAAAGGUCUCUCCGUGUUUGCCCGUAUUAUCUCGCCUACUCUUCAGCAGUGAUUCAGACUUGCUGGCAGAUGCUUGCUGGGCCCUCUCUUACCUGUCUGAUGGCCCCAACGAGAAGAUCCAGGCAGUUAUAGACUCUGGAGUAUGCCGGAGAUUGGUAGAGCUUCUGAUGCACAAUGAUUACAAAGUGGCUUCCCCUGCUCUGAGAGCUGUGGGUAACAUCGUCACAGGGGAUGACAUCCAGACACAGGUCAUUCUUAACUGUUCAGCCCUCCCUUGCCUCCUCCACUUGUUGAGCAGCUCCAAGGAAUCAAUUCGAAAGGAAGCUUGCUGGACCAUUUCAAACAUCACUGCUGGCAACAGGGCUCAAAUACAGGCUGUCAUAGAUGCAAAUAUCUUCCCUGUGUUGAUUGAAAUCCUUCAGAAAGCAGAGUUCCGUACAAGGAAAGAAGCAGCCUGGGCCAUCACCAACGCCACAUCAGGAGGAACUCCUGAGCAGAUCAGGUACCUAGUUUCACUGGGCUGCAUCAAACCCCUGUGUGACUUGCUGACUGUAAUGGAUUCAAAGAUUGUACAAGUGGCCCUCAAUGGACUAGAGAACAUCCUGCGGCUUGGAGAGCAGGAGAGCAAGCGGAGUGGCUCAGGGGUCAAUCCCUACUGUGGCCUCAUCGAGGAAGCCUAUGGCUUGGAUAAAAUCGAGUUUCUUCAGAGCCACGAGAACCAGGAGAUCUACCAGAAGGCCUUCGACCUCAUUGAGCACUACUUCGGUGUAGAGGAUGAUGAUGGCAGCCUGGCUCCUCAAGUAGAUGAAACACAGCAGCAGUUCAUCUUCCAGCAGCCUGAGGCCCCCAUGGAGGGCUUCCAGCUAUAAUGUCUGCCUCCGGGGAGGGGAGGGGACGGGAAGCACCACCAGCCAGUGGUAGCGCAGCCCUCUGGUGGGCAGGAAGCCAGCCCCCACCAUCACCUGCUGCCCUGGAGACUGUGCUCCGGACCUGCACCGCCCCCUUCCCUGGAGGGAGGCCCUCUGGACAGACGGAACCAUCUGAGGCUCACAUUGGGUUUUGUGACGAAAAGGGGACAUGUUGGGGUUUUCUUCCUUACACUAUAUUCUGGCUGCACACAUGUCUUUAACCCAGGAGCCUAGGGGUAGACAAAGGAGGACUGAGGUAAUCAUUUUGCACCUUUCUUUUUUUGUUUUGUUUUUCUUUAAUGGUGACUUCCUUUAUCUCCCUUCAUCCUUCCCAGUCCUCUGCCCUGAUCAAUGUAACUCUUAUUUUGGGUACGUGAGCAGAUGGAAAAUUCCAGACGGGAGGGAAGGGGACAGGAGGGGACGGGAGAAAUCCAAAACAAAGUGUUCUUGCUCUGACGGAAUAGUAAUCUUGUAUGCUUGGAUUGAUUUAUUUAAUUUUUUUCUUUUGCACAUUUUUCUUGUAUAUUAAGGUUGUUCUUCCCAAGAGGUGUGAGUUUCUGGUUUUAGGAAUCCCAGCUGCCAGCACUGCCUGGGACUAGGGGCUGAUGGGGAGGCCACCAUGAGACAAAGGCCCCUGCUUCUCUUACCUUCUUCCUGGACCUCUUAAGUUCAGGAUACACCCUCACUCUUCUGAGCCAAGUACACCAGUGGGAGUGGAGGGGAGGAGUACAGGCUUUCAGAUAGGGCUUCUUAUGUGUAGCUACUGACCCCAUGUUUCCUACCCACCUUCCAAAUGGUGCAACCCAACUUCAUUUUUUACUUGAAAAUUUCCCUCAGAGUGAAUGCACCUCUGAGGUGACUGUAUUUUCUCCUAAGCUCAAGACAGGGGGCUGGGAUCCCUCCUUUCUACUGAGGAGAAAGUUCUUGCUCUGGUGACCUAAGUUGCAGAGAAAGUUGAAGUGAGACUGCCUGGUAUUGGGAUAGUCAGGGAUCCCUGCCUUUCGCCUUUCUUCCUCUUCCAUAGUUGGAUCAUGUAUAUUUUACUUCUAAAGGAGAGAAUGUCAAAAUGUUCUGUAUUUUUCUAUAUUCUAUAUAGUAAGUAGGGUAAUCUUAAUUGGUCUUAAAAAGGAGAAACUGUCUAAUUUUUGUGAUUAGUAUAUUGUGAGGAAGAGCAGAAAGAUAUAUGGAAGCCUCCCACUCAGAAGAGCUGAGCUUGUUCCUUUUCCUGUCUGUUGGAUUCUAGGCCAAGACCUGGGACCAACCCUCAGCUCUGCAUCCUUUAAGCAGAUCAGCCACCAGGAUCUAUUAUUCCUAUCUGUGGAGGGGACAAGGGCAGCCCCAGGGCCUAGUGAAAUCUGCCUCACUGGUCCUUCCUGCUGAGCAUCUGCUUGUAUCAGGAAACCCAGAAAGUAGUUUGCGUUCCCAAAUACAGUUUCAAAGGCUGUUACCCAUGCACAUCACCACACACAGCUGCCUCUCUUACGGAAAAACAGCAGCUCUUGGGAGAGCUGUUGGUAUCUUCCCUGUUUGGGAUCCUUGGCCCUGUUUUGGGUUUUCCCUUCCUUGUGACAGUUAUAACCCAAAGGUCUCUUCUCCUGAGCAAAGCUAGUGCGGUACUUUCUGGGUUGGGUUACCCAUGAUAAUAAAGGGGGAUAGGGUGGGCCAAAGAUGCCCUACUCCUCAUCGCAUCCCCAGCAGUGUUAGCCAGGGGACUCUGCUCUUAGGCUAUGCCUCUCCUUCCCCUGAAACAGUGCCGCUCUAGCUUCCAUUCUUAGCUAUUCCUUCUUGGUUCAAGUGAAACCUCUACCCCUUCAUUUCCCUUGUAGAUCUAAAGUUCACCCUCUUUUUUUUUUUUUUUUUUUUUUUUUGGCCUUUUGUCUUAAAUUUAUCCUCCUUCUAGUGUUGAAAUCCCCUUCCAGGGACAUUUUCUAAGGAAGGUGGCUUAGGGUGAGAAGUUCAUUCGGAAGACUCACACAGCUAUUCACUACCGUGGUGAGUCAGGUGCCAGUCAUGCACUUAGGAGUGAUGACAAGGAACUUCUGAUUUCCUAGGAAGGCAAGUGACAGGGUCCUUCUCACUAAGCCUGCUGUCUCCAUUACAAAACAGUUCUCACUGGAUGUGGUGGCACACUACCUGUAGUGCCAGCACCUGAAGGCUAAGGCCGGAGGAUCGUAUCAAGCUCAAGGCCAGCCUGAACUGCACAGCAAGACCUUCUGUUAUUUAAAAAAAAGAAAGAAAAAAAGAAAAAAGAAAGAUUCUCCAUAGUUCAAAGAAAAAGUUACCACUACGUCCUUGUGAAAGAGCAGAGCAGUUUAAUAGGAUAUACUUUGUACAUCUCAAGCAACAUUUAACUCCCUGACCUUGGAGCCAUAGUCUUAGUAUUGGACAGAAAUGUCCUGCUUUUCCAACUACUCCUCCAAAAUCUAUUUUGGCUUCAGAUCUGGGUCCUGUACCAGAUGGAAGACUCAUUUUUGGUCAUCUGGGUGCUGCUUAAAUCCAGUUUUCUCCAAAGAUUUCAAAGGCUAAAUUCUGCUGGGGGCACAAUAUGAGAAAAGAUUUAAGAAAAAAAUUAUUUCUAGGUCUGGGGAGAUAGCUCAGCAACAUAAGCGCCUGCCUGGCAAGCAUAGGGCCUGAGUUUGAUUCCCAGUAUCAAAAAAAAAAAGAAAAAGAAUUUCUAGAAGCUUUCCCUUAUGUAUUCCCCAGACUAUGUUUCUCCCUUACCUUCCUAAUCCCCUUUCAGUUCACAGGUAAAGUUCUUCAGCCCACAGAGGCAGUAACCUCCUAUUGUACCUUCUGUCCUUUGGCAACUUUAUGAAGAUCUAGUCUCUGAACACACCCUUGCCUAAGUGAAGCCAAAGCCUUCUGGCAGGUUUCUGGAUGGUUAUUGCCAGCAUGAAGGGGCCCCCUUGCCUGCAAUAGAGAGUAACCUGAUAAGCUAAAGUUUUUUGAACCCUCAUGUUGAAACAUGGCUUAUAUACCUAUAUUUUUAAGAUUUCUGAUGGGGGUGAGAAUAUCUAGGUAUGGAAUAAAACAAAAGGGCUUUUGGCUCACGUGUUCAAGCACUGCCAGAUAUUCUUUUUUUGCCAGUCCCUGUAAGCAUUCUUCCCCCCAAUCUUACCUAGUACUUACAGGGUCUGGCCUUUGAAGCCUGCUUUCGGUCUCCUGAGAUCUGAGGUGACCAGUUGGCUUUGAUGUUGGCUGCAGGUUUCUGGUAGAAGCACAUGUGUUCUGCCCUCACCCUGCCAGCCUGCUUUGUUGGGUCUGCGGACACAAAUGAUCCACUGAGGAUCAGAGGUUGAUGACCCUGUUCUCCUUUACCUGGAACCCUUAGGUCUACUAGUUCAACCCUGUUUACCCUGGAAGCUUUUGUCUCCCAGGAACAUUUUUCAUUUUUUUAUAUAAGCUAAACUGCACAGAUUAUAGCUGCUGUACUUAAUUUGAGCAAAAAAGAAAGACUCUUAGGUAUAGAUUCUCUAGCCAAAGGAGUGGAAAAGGAAAACUGUCUAGCAAAAUGAGCUGUAUUUCCAUAUUCUCAUGUCUGUGCCUGAGAGGCAGAGGAAAACCAGGCAGUACUAACUUUACCCCACAUGUUCCCUUUUAAAGACCCCCAUUUUAUUCAGGCCUCAUCUUUCAACCCUUUUACUCAGUUAGGUAUCCAGUGUUAUGUGUUCCUCAUAGUAGAUGUAAGUUGUAGGCGCAGAUGGUCCUCCAGUCCCUGCAAGCAUUCCAGUGAUCCAGUAGGUAUGACAGGGUGCUUAGGGGCCUUGCUGAUGGGCUGGGAAAGAAUACAAGACUUAGUGCACUGAACCACAGGAAAUGCACUUAUGACUAGAAGUAGCAUCUUGCAGAUCGUACUGCCCUAGAAGCUAGUGGAGGUGAGACUGACAGAUUGCUCCCAGUGGGUUUUUUGUAGCCAUAUAGGAUUGCACAUUUUAGACCAACCCCAUCCAGUGUUUUAUUUGUUGGAUUAUUUGUUAAACUGUCAAACUGAGAACUUGGCUCCUUAGGGAUCCAUAUGGUUGCCACCGGCUGCUUUUGGGGACAUGCCUUCAAAAAUGAUUUAAGUCAUCCCAUUGUCCCCUAGUCUCAGAAUAUACAAACGUGGGCAAGACGUUGUUGUCAAGGCCAACCACAUCUAUGAAUUUUCCUCCAACAGGGCAUUUUGCUUGAGGCCUGGACUCUGCAGGACCAAAGCUGGCUUUGAGAGAAAUAACUGUUAAACUGGGGCCCAGAGCAGCCUAGGAGAAGGGUUUGUUUUGUCUUCAAGGGCUAGCGAGGCCACCCUACCUACUUCUGGAGGGCCAGCCUAACUUCUAACGCCCACCAUAGCCAAACCUGCGUUAGCCACUUUCUUAAGUAGGUCUGAUUUCAAGCCCUGGGUUAGAGAAGAAAACUGUACUAUGUCCAGAGGGCUGUGAAGUAAAUCAAGCUGAAGUUCUGACCUAUCCUUGGAAGAAGUCCACUGUAUGAACACUUGGAUCUUGGAGUUGGACUUUUUUUUUUUUUAAGUUAGCUUUUCUAGCAAUUGCCUUUAACUGGCCUUAAGGGAAGUUGUAGGGUUUGAGCCACUCAACAGACAAGAUGUCCUCCAGUAACAGCUUGGCUUUCUAGCGGAAGAUCCUAGGGAAGUGAAUCAAAUCCUCUUUACUGGUUUUUCUUUCCAAAUUCAUUUGCUUUUAUUUUUCUAAAAGCUAUAAGCUUUGGCCAUUUUCCAUGAUCUCAGGGCCCCUGGGUAGACAAAGCUUGAUUUCAAAGCAGACAUAGGCCAAGAAAUCAUGGCAUUGAGUGUGCUGAGUCCAGACAAACAAUAUUUAUAUACACAUCCAAAUUUGAAGAGAAAUGUAUUUCUUUAGGUUUCAAACACUGUAAUAGAUAAAAAGCAAAAUAAAAACCUGUCACAAAGUU